AUGACUCCGCUAGCGGGCCUCGUAGACCGCGGAGGUGGAGAUGCUGGACACGCCCACAACGAUCGCCGCUGGACAGCUGAUCUGAAACCUAUACGUGUGAAGGAUUUCGAGGAUAUAGCUGGCCCUACUACCGCACUGGAUGCUGAGAAGAAAGAGCUGGAUUUCUUUCACCUGAUUUUCCCUGAAUCCUUGUACGACAAGCUAGCCCAGCAGACCAACACCUAUGCUGCUAAGCGGAUCCGGGAAAAGGCAGACAGCUCGUGGCAGGCAACUUCGCCCACCGAGAUCAAGACCUUCUUGGGGAUUGUGAUUUGUAUGUCACUGCUGGACCUGCCAACUGCAAAGAUGUACUGGUCAUCUGAUUGGAUGUUUCAAACAUCUUUGCCUACCAUAAUGACCAGACUCAGAUUUGAGAAACUCGCACAGUAUUUUCAUCUGAAUGACUCCACGACAAAUCCCCCCAAAGGCAGCGACGGUCACGACAAGCUCCAUCAUGUCAGGCCAGUCUUAGAUACCAUCCAAGGCACUAUAGCAUCCCAGUACACGUUACACCAGGACUGUGCUAUAGAUGAGGCUAUGAUUGCAUACAAGGGGAGGCUUAGUUUUAAGCAAUAUAUGCCAGCCAAGCCGGUUAAGUUUGGGAUCAAGGUGUGGGAGCGGGCGGAUUCCACCAAUGGCUAUGUCGACAAACUCCAGAUUUACACCGGAAGAGCAGGAAAUGAACAAGGCAUGAGAGAAGUUGGACUUGCUGCUCGAGUUGUGACCGACCUGACCAGAGACAUUGUUGGUAGCAGUCGCCACGUAUAUGUUGACAAUUUCUUCUCCAGUCCCCAGCUGUUUUCUGACUUGCUAAAGGAUGGUCUCUAUGCAUGUGGAACAUGUCGAAUCAAUAGAAAGGGGUUCCCGUCUGGUAUCAGUAAGGAGAAUGUUAAAAAAAAGGGAGACUUCACAAUGCUGCAAUCAGGAAACCUGGUGGCCAGUGUCUGGUUUGACAACAAGCCAGUGACAUUUCUGUCGACAAAUGCAGACCCUACUACACUACAUGAGGUGCGUCGCAAAAAUAAAGAUGGUAGUGAGAGAGUUCAACUGGCCCCUUCUGUUGUGAAAAUGUACGGCGACAAUAUGAAUGCUGUGGAUAGAGCUGAUCAACUCCGUAUGCAGUACACCUGUGCCAGAAAGUGCUACAAAUGGUGGAAGUAUGUGAAUUCUUUCAUUCUUAUGAAGGAGUCUCCAAGUCACCAGAGGAAAACCAGAACUGGCAGAGUGAAGCAUCUUACCCAGCUGGAAUUCAGAGAAAGGCUAUGUAAACAGUUAAUUGGUGAUACACGUUCUGUCAGAAAACGACGACGUGUGAUACAGCAUGAUGUGGCAGGUCUUUCCUAUUCUCAUAUGCCAGUUAAGGUAAAGGUGAACAGGUGUCGCCAGUGUGGAAAGGUGAAAAUCAGGAAGGAAUCGAGUUUUGGAUGCCGACAAUGUGGGGUAAACCUGUGCGUUUUGUGCUUUGAACCAUUUCACAAGGAUUUAGUCCCUGUCACACAGGAAGAGUAGACACCAAGACCUGUACUUACAUAUAUAUCAUAUAUAAUUGAGAUUGUUUGUAAAUUUAUUUUGAAAUGUUGGAAAUUUGUCACAUUCAUGAUUUUCAAUAUCAAAGACAAUAUCCAAUAUUUAUAACUUGUACAGUAUUUGAACUGUACUGUAGUUGAAUAUUUUCAUGUUACAGUGGAGACCGCUUAUUAUGAUAUUCUAUUUUCCAAAGAAAAAUAUUAUAAUAAACAGGAUAUUAUAAUAACCGAGCAAGCAAUUAUAUACCACUUGAACCAGAAGUUAGGCCAAUUUUCAUUGUUAAAUGUACUUUGAGGUCAAUAAGUAUAAGGAUUUAUAUCAUCACAUGUAUACAGAGUCAUUUUCAAUUUUAUAAAGUUAACUCUAGAUUUAAGUAUUUUUUAGAGAAUUUUUUCUCCGAAAAAUCAUAUUAAAAUAGAUUUUUGCAACAUAUUAAAAUAAUUAAACGGAGCGACAAGAUUUUUCUUAAUUAAAAUUUUAAUUGAUUUAGAAAAAUUGUGCAGAUUAGAUUUAAAGCCAUAUUGCUACAUUCCUGUGAUAAGGUGCACACAAUAAUCCGGUUCAUUUUUGAAUAUUUGCAUUGUUUAUUUGUUAUGUUAUUCUUGGAUUGUUUAUUUGUGGUAUUCAUCAAAUGAUACUAACAAAAAUAUGUUGAAUAUAAAAGCUUGUUUUGUUA